AUGGUCGACUGGUCGGGACUCAAAGUCGUCGACCUCAAAGCAGAGCUCAAGAGUCGCGGUCUGCCCUAUGCUGGCCUCAAGGCAGAGCUAGUUGCGCGACUGGAGGCUGCCGACAAAGAAGCUGCGCAGGAGGGAGGCGAGAACCCACCAGAAGAGCCCAAUGAACCGGCAGCUGUCGAAGAAGACAAUGUCGAAGCCGCACAGCCCUCUCCCGCGAAGGAACCUACUCCAGCGCUCGAGCAAACGGCCGAUGACGGCCAAGAAGCCAAGCCUGCGCAGCCAACCGAGGAUCGCAUUGCUUCUCCAGCUCCAGCUCCAGCUCCAGCUGAGCCUGAGCCUAAGCCUGAGCCAGCUGAGCCAAUUGCUGAGAACCCCCCUGAAGCCCCAGAAGGCGAUGCUGGCCAGGGUCAACCCACACAAGAAUCCACACAAGAGCCCUCACAGGUUCCCACCGCAGAGGCUUCUAUCGAACCGACGCCGGAAGCUCAGAAGCGCAAGCGACGUUCUCACAGCCCGCUUCCCACCGAAGAAGACAUUGCACUAAAACGUGCACGCGUCGAUAGCACCACACACGAAGAUAAUGCCCCCAUCGCAGACAAACCGAAUGAGGCGGAUAUUGACAUGACGAGUGCUUCGCACGAAGAACAGCCCUCUGCCAUGGAAGACGUUCAGCCCGUCGAGACGGAGAGAAGCGUGGAGCCGGCACAGCACUUCCCUACUACCGCAAUAUACAUUAGCAAUCUGAUGCGCCCAUUGCGCCCCGAUGAUCUGCAGAACCAUCUCGUCAGCCUUGCAGCCACGAAUGAUUCUGACGCCGCAAAGGACCCCAUUGCAAGAUUUUACCUAGAUCAGAUCCGUACUCAUGCCUUUGUCGCCUUUGACUCGGUGGCCACCGCCCAACGAGUUCGCAAAGCACUGCACGACACCGUCUGGCCGAAUGAGAGCAACCGCAAGGCGCUGUCGGUAGACUUUAUUCCCUCCGAAAAAGUCGACGAAUGGAUCGAGACGGAAGAGGCUGGCGGUAGACGGUCGUCGAUUCGUUGGCAGGUGGUAUAUACGGAUGGGCCUGAUGUCCAAGCCUCUUUGGUGGAAUCUACAUUUGCGUCGAGAGCGGGACAACCAGAACAGCCUGCUGCUGCUAGACCGCCGCUGCCCCAGUUUGGGCCUGGAAGUUCCAAUGCUAUGCCCAUUGGUCCUCGGGCGCAACGUGGCCGCGACCAGUAUCGUGAGGAUGAGGGAGAGGGGGAUCGCUCUCGAGGAAGGGAUGUUGAGGGUGAUCGCAGCCGACAGACCAAAGCCCGUCCUCACAUUCCAUAUCAGGCGGUAGCCGAAAGUGUUGCCCGCCGCCGUCUGGACAACAUAUCAGUCUACAGCAAUGAGGACCCGAGUCCUGGUUUCAACUCCAACCGCUACUCCUUUGAAGGCGGCGACAACUUCGUGGAUCGCGGCAGGGAGAUUUUCGAAGGCAUUCGACCUCCCCAUCGUGAAGCUGAACGCCGUGGAGGACGUGGAAGCGGCCCUCGGCAACGAAGAGGAACGCCGCCUUUCCGGUCCCGAGGCGACCGAUAUGUCCCCAGCGGUCCAGGCCCCAGCCGACGCGCUGGUGGUGGGUAUCCUACGAGUAGCUGGGACUAA